ACAACAACAACAACAACAGCAGCAGCAGCAGCAGCAGCGAAAGCAGCAGCAACAACCCCAGGUGGUAGACCAGCAUAAGCGAAAAAUUAAACUGAUGUUUGCCGAUCUCCAACAAAUUGAAACGAAAAUCGCCAAUACCUGGGCAGAAGCCAACCAGCUUGCGUUCUUUAACAACGACGUUGACGAAAUGGUAGACAGCACAGAUCGUCGACAGAAACACUUGGAGCGACGCCUUGGCCACCAACUGAUUGUAGCUGACCUGCAAAAGGCGCGCGAUGUGUGGAAUCAAAAAAUGGACCUACAUAUUGCCUUGGCGAACAAAUACCUGGACAUCAUCCAAUUCGACUAUGCGUAUGCAGAAAAGAAGAGUCUGGAUAAUUUGUGCUGGAAACGUGCAAUUUAUUCGCUGGUCGAGCAAUUUCGCCAAUCGCUCAAGGUCCGCAUCAAGACAAAGCUUGACGGGGGUGAGGAUGAAGAGGAGGAAGAGAAACAGGAAAAGGAUGAAGACGUCGAUAUCGAGAUUCCGGUGAUAUCUGAGACGGGCAUGACCAUGGUAGCAUUGUCACCAAGCGACGACGAGGACGAUGAAGCUGACGACUACAAUACCAAGCAUCAUGCUGUCAGCAAAGCUGACGAAAUUGUUAUGCUGAAGCAAUGUUUUAACAAAUUUCUGGAUCUCGCAGACGAUUUCUACCGACGAUCCAUGGUUACUCUACAUGCUAUGGAUGAAACAGAAGCUUUUACACGACAAGAAGAUCGGCAACACUCCUUAGAUGCAUCAACACAAGAUCAUCUUCAAGAGUGGCGGCGCACACGACGCUUGAAGUGGUAUAAAGGUGUACCAAACCGUGGUGACUUGGCACGCUAUAGAUGGGCUUGUUGCUCGAAGGAUCGCCAGCUAGCAUUCGAUGAAGCAUGGCGAUGGUAUGCAGUAGGUGCCUGGCUGAUGCCCGCCACCGGCAAGUUGUAUUUCCACCUUUCGCUGCUCAUGAGUGAUUCGAGCCACAAGGAUAAUACGCGACAAGAUCUACAUCGCUUCUACUUCAGCACGCGCAGUUUGAUGGUGCGCCGUAAUGGGUUUUUGAAUGCGCGUGAAGGCAUGAUUGUUCUUUUUGAGAGCAACCGCCGGUGGGUAGACAAGUAUUUGAAUUCCUUUCAGGCUGCCCGGGCGAACGCUAAGCGAAUGAAGCGAAACAAGCAGACACAGCAGCAGCCACAGCAGAUGGACGACACAGUGCCCGCUCAGGAUGUGGUGGCUGGCCUCUUUGUGCGACUCCACGGGAUGAUGUUCACCAAGAUUGGAUUGGACCAGUUUGCUCAUAUCAAACGACGCUUCUUUGAAGCAUUGUUUCCUCCGAAACUCGAGCAAGAAGGACGGCCAGACAGCGAAAGCAGCUUUAUCGAAAAUGGACGGUUCAGAGAAGGCGCAUUGUCGGGCCAGCAGAUGUUUUGGUUUGAAGCCAUUGUGCUAUGCCUCUCUUCACUGUACAACUAUGAAUACUCGGCAUCCAAAUUAAACCGCCUGAUGAUUCUUUAUGGAAAACAGCUGUUUCCACCGAAAAGCGAUAAUGGAGCUCCGUCGUCUACAACAACUUCAUCAUCAUCAUCACCACCUCCGCUGGCAGAUUAUCAGGGAUUGCUGGAUGAGUUCAAGGAGAGCGUCUUGUUUGCCUACGAUAUUGAUUUGAUGUGCCAGAUCGCCACCGAACUGUUCCGCCGCUAUAUCAAACCUUCAUUAUCUCGCCCGGCACCGCCCUCGUUACCCUUGCUUCCCCGCUCGCCACUUAGUCUUGAAAAAAACCGGGAGUUUUUGUUCGAAGCCCGAGAUCCGUCUCUUGCAUCAGCAACCACCACACGGGGAUCGGCUGAUAAUGAAGAUGACGAAUCUUGGCUGGUUUACAUUGAGAUGCUGCUCCACUGGAUGGUGGUCAACUGUGUUUGCAUGCGACCGCAUCAAGGAAUCAGUCUUUGGGAAUCGAUUGUUGGCAAUGUAUCGACGACGACGACGACGACGACGACGUCAGCGACAGAGCAAGACAGCAAAAAGGACGAGUCCAAGAUUAAUCCUGCAUUCUGGACUCUUUUACUUCAAUUUUUCAACAAGUUGUUAUUUUCGUUGCCCGAGGAUACCAAGUACGAACUAGUGAAUCGACACUUAUUGGAUGAAGAAGAGCACCAGCAUCAAGACGACGCGUGUAUGAGCGAGAUGGCAUUUGCCCAACUAAUGAGCAAGGUCUUGGGUGAAAAGCCCGAUUUGCCCGAGGAAGAUCAUAUGCGUGGUCUGGGGUGGGUUGACGACGUUACGGGCCGUCUCUUGAAGAUGAACGUGAAUUGUCAAAACAAGCAGGUUCCGCUCCAAGAUCAAGUGACACGGCGCAAACUUAAGAUUCUCGAUUAUGCUUUUGCUUUAGUCAAGCAAAUGCACCAUGUGCUUUAUUAUGACCCUGUGUUGGAAGUUUUCGCCAGUAAAGCAGUCGAAGACAAGCAAGCUCUCGUGUAUAUGGCAGAAGAAGGAGUCAGUUUGGAUACCACACCAGCGGCAACAGACAGCGCAGGCGAAGUUGGAGACGAAGGAGAGGGCAUGAGCACAACUUUGCAAGCUAUGGAUGAUGCUGUGCUUUUCUCCAAUGAAAAUGACUCUGUGGAUGAAGAUGGUGACGACGAUAUGUUGACGCAGCUGAAGAAACGACGCGAGCUCCUACAAGCAAUGGUGACCACAACGACGGCUGAAGACAACCGUACUGGAUAUCGCCGUGCACCAGCCCGUGUCAAGGAGCGCGAAGCACGUUUGAACCGCUUACGCAAGCGCGUCAUUCCUGGAAGGACAACCAUCAUCUUGGAUACCAAUUGUUUUAUUGGUCAUUUUGAACAUGUGAAACGGCUUAUUAAAAGCAGCAAAUGGACUAUCGUUAUUCCCCUUGUUGUGAUUACGGAAUUGGAUGGUCUUCGUAGUAAUACCCCUCCGUUGGGAUCGAUUGCUGGCAACGCACUGAAAUUCAUCGAAUCCACUCUGGCAACCAAGCAACGAACAGGCACAUCACUGAGAAUCCAAACGUCGCACAACAAUUUUAUGCACGACAUUGCUAUCCGCUCUGAACAGUUUGUGUUUGGCGAGUCAGACAAGAAUCUAGACGACUUGGUGCUUUCAGCAUGUUUGUGGUGGGCCACCAAAGGAGAUGACAAUUCGCACACACGUGUAUGCUUGGUGACGGGCGACAGAAAUUUGAGUGUCAAGGCACGCGCUAGAGACAUUGAUGUGAUGUCUGUGUCAGCCAUUAUGCAGCUGACACCCAGAUAAAAGGCGAUGUACUACUGCAUAUCGCGAUUAUCAUCUAAUCACAGAUUCUGGAUGUGUCACAUGUCAAGUGAAGCACAUGUUAUGAAGCUAUAAAAACGGCGUUUUUUUGACAGAGAAAAGGAAGGAGAAGCAAAUGUUGUGGCAUGUAUAUUUAUAGAUGAUGUGAGCCCAAUGGGUAAGGUGGGUGUGGAAAUGUUUAUGUUAUAUGUGUGUUGUGCGUUGUGUGUGUGUGUGUGUGU